GUUCUUUAAACUGUUACGUCUAGAAAAGUGGAAGUUUAAAAAUGGAUUUGAUGAAAUUAUCUGGAUGCGUGUUGAUUUUAUUCGGCGUCUCCGCGUGCGCGUCAACGCUUCUCGGUGACAUUUACGAGCCUAGAGGCCAACAGAUCUGCAAGCGUGGCACUGAAAAGCCCUGCUAUAAAAUCGCCUAUUUUCAGGAUAGCCAACGUAAACUCAACUUUGAAGAUGCCAGCCGAGCCUGCAGGAGUGAUGGUGGAGACAUUCUCAGUAUUGAGUCUAAAUCUGAGCAGAAGUUGAUAGAGACUUUUAUCUACGAAUUGAAAGCAUCGGACGGAGACUUCUGGAUAGGGCUCCGUAGGGAUCAAGGCUAUGAGGAGGUGAAUGGAAACUGCCCAUCCCAGUACUACUGGCUAGAUGGAAGCCAGGCAACCUUCAGGAAUUGGCACUUGGACGAGCCUUCUUGUGGGUAUGAGGUGUGUGUUGUGAUGUACCAUCAGCCCUCUGCUCCUCCUGGUCAGGGUGGCCCUUACAUGUUCCAGUGGAAUGAUGACAAUUGUGAAACCAAGAACAACUUUAUCUGCAAGUACACUAAAGAUAAACUUGCAGCACCAAUCCCUAAAGAAAAUGGAACAUUUGGAGAUGCUCUUCCGACACCCAAAAUACCCAGAGAGCCUUCUGCCACAGUAAAUGAUGAUGGCAUGAGGGUGAUUCUAUCUAACCCUGCAGACAAUGCUCUCAAUAUUGCCUACAUUGUACUGCCUAUCAUACCACUACUUCUGCUACUGAUUGUUGCAACUGGAGUUUUCUGCAUCAAGCUUUUCACAAAGAGGAAGAAAGAACAAUCUGAGACCUGUCCAAAGGAAACUGGAUAUUGGGCAGCAGGGGAAAGAUGCCAAAGCCCAAGCCCUGAUGUAUACAAUGUCAUCCGAAGGCAGCAUGAAUCCGACCUAGCCGUCACACGCCCUGACAUCAAGAACACCUCCUUCCUGGGUUCUUCUCCAGACACUCCACCGGGAGAUUAUGACAACCUGGCAAGCAAGGACAGUGAGAGCGGUUUUGUGACACUGGCCAGCACUGAGAGCGGCUUUGUUACCAAUGAUAUGUAUGACACGCUGCAAGGCCGUGGAAAUGGGAAAUACUACAGAGAUCAAGGAUGGAUGGAUGAAUUAUAUGACUACUGAAAUGCAAGAAGAACAUUAGUUUGAUCCUGGAUUCUCCCUUUGAGAAUAAACCAAUAGUGGCUGUUGAUGUGUUCACUAAGUGUUGGUGUAAGAUAUCCAAUAUCAUUACAGGUUCGAAACUGUGGAGCACGAAAGCUUAAAAGAACAUUCAAAUGAGGUCUGAAAAUAUGUGGACUCUGUGCAGCCUUACUUUAGGAUCUUCAAUAUGCAUUACAUGAAUGAGAGAGAACAGUUCUACAUUAUAUUUCCCAUCUACCAUCAAUUUAAUGGCUACCAGAGUUUCAAUGGAA